CAGAGAGAGAUAGAGGUAAUACAAGCAGGGGGAGUGGGAGAGGGAGAAGCAGGCUUCCCUCCGAUCAGGGAGCCCCAUCAGGACCGGGGAUCAUGACCUGAGCGGAAGGCAGACGCUCCACGACUGAGCCGCCCAGGCGCCCCCUCUCCGGCCUUCUCGCAGCAGCCUGGGAGGCCCAAGAAAAUCAGGGUCCAGGCUGGCGGGAGGAGCUUCUUUAACCCAGUAGAGCGACAGGCCCCUGCUCACACACUUCACUGGCAGUGCUCACGUUAUGCGCUCACCCGGACCCGCUGCAGCUUGGAGAGGCGCUGACAACAAGCCCCGACCAGGCAGCCCUGCCCUCCGCGCCUGAGUCCACUCCCAGGCUCCAGAGAACCAGGGCGCCCUGAGGACGCGGCUUCCACCCAAAGAAACUGGCCUAAGGCUGGCAGGGCUCCGCUCCCCAGCUCCUGACAAGUCCCGAUGGUGGGCCAGGGUCCGGACCUUGCCUGCCCCGGUCUUUCAUCAGGAUCAGGGCGGAUGCUUCCUCCUGGAAGCUAAGCUGCCCAGCGGCCACCCAGUGUUUCCCGGGCUGUGCAGCGUCCCCGCGAGGGACACCCACCAGGCACCCUCCAGGGCGCAGACCUCCGGGACAGUCAGAGGAACCCCCCACCCUUUCCGACCCUUCGCCUUUUAAGGGAGCCUCUCAAGCUGCCCUUUGGAAACCACUGUGAUCCACGCACCCAGGGUCCGGCCAUGGUUGGCUCUCGCCCUCAGCGCUGAAGCCUCGUCUUCGGCCAGUCUUGCCGCAGCGCGCGGACGAUCGGGUGCCAUGCUCCGCGGCACCCCCGCAACGCCUCGCUCUCUUGGACCCAAGAGCAGCGGGAGGAGGGACUCGGUGUAGAGCGAGCCUAGAGCUCCGAGCCCGGAAGGGAGUGGGCGGAGAGUAACAUCCCGGCAGCCAAUCGACGAGGACAGGGGGGCGGUGUAGCCCAUUGGCGGGGCCCAGGACGCGGGGCGGGGCAAGAUCAGGCCGGGCCGUGGCAAGAUGGCGGCGGCGCCGGCGGCGGCGGCGGGGCAGGGGAUGGACCCGCUUCGCGUGGGGUUUGUGGGCGCGGGACGUAUGGCGGAGGCCAUCGCGCAGGGCUUCAUCCGAGCAGGAAAAGUGGAAGCUCAGCACGUACUGGCCAGUGCACCAACUGACAGCAACCUCUCCCACUUCCAGGCUCUGGGCUGCCGGACCACCCACUCCAACCAGGAGGUUCUGCAGAACUGCUUCCUGGUCUUCUUUGCUACCAAGCCCCACGUCCUGCCUGCUGUCCUGGCAGAGGUGGCCCCUGUGGUAACCGCUGAGCACAUCUUGGUGUCUGUGGCUGCCGGCGUCUCUCUGAGUACCCUGGAAGAGCUGCUGCCCCCAACCGCACGGGUGCUGCGGGUCUCACCCAACCUGCCCUGCAUGGUUCAAGAGGGGGCCAUGGUGAUGGCACGGGGCCGCCAUGCUGGAAGCAGCGAGGCCAAGCUCCUGCAGACCCUGCUGGAGGCCUGUGGGCAGUGCGAGGAGGUGCCUGAGGCCCACGUGGACAUCCACACCGGACUCAGUGGCAGCGGUGUGGCUUUCGUAUGUGCCUUCUCCGAAGCCCUGGCCGAAGGUGCCAUCAAGAUGGGCAUGCCUGGUGGCCUGGCCCACCGCAUUGCUGCUCAGACUCUGCUGGGGACAGCCAAGAUGUUGCAGCAGAAGGGGCAGCACCCGGCUCAGCUGCGGACAGACGUGUGCACGCCAGGCGGCACCACCAUCUACGGGCUCCACGCCCUGGAGCAGGGUGGGCUGCGGGCCGCCACCAUGAGUGCCGUGGAGGCUGCCACCUGCCGGGCCAGGGAGCUCAGCGGGAAGUAGGGAACAGGCAGUGGCUGUGGGCUGCCCCCAGUCCCUCCUUCCCUGCCCCUUCCCCAGAACUGCAGCUCCCCCACCAUGCAGGAGCCCCCUGACCUCCACACGAGGAAAUGAGAAGGAACAGGCCAGGAGUUGUUCAUUCGCAGGCAGGGGAUCCCCUCACCAUGGGAACCUCCGCCCCCCCCCCCCACAGGGCAGAAGGCACCAUGGCAGUGGUCCACCAUCAUGGGUGACUUGGGUUUGGAGGGCCGGAGCGCUGACACUACUGGCCAGGUGCCCUGCGUGCUCAGCUGGGGGGUUGAGGGCAGGAGCAGAGCUGCUGCUGGAGUGGCUGGGUAGGCCCUUCCAGCAGCUGUGUGACUGCAGCCAGCUCAGGGUAGGGGACCUGGACAUCGUGCAAGAGAGGCUGCUCCUCCGUGAAGCCAGCGCUGGUAGGUCACCACAUUGGUCUUGUCCCCGGUUGACCUGCCGUGGGGUGGGGGUGUCACCCACAGGGAGCUAGGCCCCGACCUUCCCAGCCCCUGAAGAAACAGUGGGGCUGGUCACUCUUUCCCUGGCUGAGCAGGAACUGCACCGGGUCCUUCCGUUGGGGAGCCCCCAUGAACAGAGCCCUAGGUGGGUGUGCCACGGUGCUAGUCAGCCGCAGGCCAGCGGAGGUCCAGGAGGACGGCCUCGCUGGCUGUGGAACGAGCACUUGGCUUCAGCCGGUGCAGGCCCUUCCCCCGCGAAGCUCCUGGCAAGCAGCAGGUGGAGCCGGCCUUGAUGACCGUUCACUGGGUUGUCCUGCAGGCCCUCCUGGCCCCUGACUGCAGGACAUGCUCUUUGGCACAUCCCUGAACAGAGCACCUGGCCAGGAGAGCCAGCAACUCAGGUCCUAAACCAAGGCCAUGGGGCCUUUGGGUGGUGGGUGGGCUGCCUGCGGCUCUCCCCACCCCUCACUGCCUCUGGGGCUCCUGGUGCCUCCCCACCCCACGAAGGCCCUGGAGUGCUCACGCUCCCCUCACUUCCCCCCAGUGGCCGACUGAGACUGGGCCAGCCACAAGGUGGAGCAAGCUGCCUCCAGUUACUAGCUAAGACUUGAAGCAAAUCAGUCCCAUCUGUGCAUGGCUGAUGAGACCCCCCUCAGCACGCUCCCCCUGCUCACGCUUCCGCCCUCCAUCGCCAGCCUCCAGCCUGUCCUCCCAGGCACAUCCCCAAACCCGCCAGCCUCCCACCCUGGUCCUUCCUUGACUGACUGCCCCUUCCACCUGUUAGAAGGGUCAGCCUGAGGCCAUUUCCCCACCUGACUGAUCUGAGAUGGGAAUAAAGGCGCGAUCUUGUAGCACUGAG